UCGAAGAGGUCUCCCCGAAGAAGCAUGACGCCGAGUAGUUUUGCCGUGCAGUCGUUAUUAUUUUCUGCGAUAUUGUUUGUCAGUGACAGCUACUCCAUAAGAAACUCUUGGGGUACUACAAAUGAUGUUGUUGAGGAUGACACUAAUUCAGACGAGGCUGUUGCCCCAGCCUUGCUAGUUGACAGUGUAGGGAUCUGGAAACAGGCAUACCCGUCCACAGUAUAUCGAGAUGGCACAGAGAAAAUUAAAGAGCCCAUAUCUAAAGCAGAUGACAUUGGACAGGUAUCGUCUGCAUCCCGAGUUUUCUCUUACCGAAUAGAGGGGGUGAAAUCCCCUGCGACCGCUCCACCGCCUCCACCGCACGAGGAGACGGCCAGAACUGCGAGAUACAUUGCACACUACAGUGACUGGGGGCAUCUCGCGACCAUCUCAACACUGGACAAGAUAAAAGGCCUGCCAUUUGGGAACAUCUUCUCUGUCAGUGACGGUCCACUUGACAACAGCACCGGAAUCCCUUAUUUCUACGUCACUCCAAUGGACAACACCGUGGCAGAUCUAAGGAGUUUCCCUUUUGCUUCUUUAACAUUCUCUGAGGCAGAGGGAGAUUUUUGUAGGAAGCAUUUAUAUGAUCCUGAGGAUCCUAGGUGUGCCAGACUUACCCUGACUGGUCAGAUGGUAGAGGUCGAAUCAGAUGAAAUAGACUUUGCCAAGGAGGCCUUGUUUUCAAGACACCCUGUCAUGAAGAAAUGGCCUGUAGGACAUAAAUGGUUUUUCAUGAAACUGGUGCUACAGCAAGUUUGGCUGCAAGAUUGGAUAGGGGGAGUGUCACUCAUACCCUUGGAAGAUUAUUUCAAAGCCACUCCUCAAUGAAACCAAAAACCCCCACAAUAACCCCCCCAAAACGACAUCCUCCGUAAAAAUGUCAAUCCGAAUAUGGAUUUCCAGUAAUUCUGGAGAGGAGAUGCUGUUACCACAUGGUUUUAAUUUUUUUUAUUUUAUGAAAGAAUCAUCGGGAUUGUGAUCUAAUGUCUCUGGUACCACACCUCUCUGCUGCAGAACGCCGACUCUUUGAAUGGCUUCAGUGCCAUGUUGAUGUUUGCUGUGUAAACUCUUGCAUUACCUGUUGAAUAAGACUGUGGAAUGUGAAAUUAUAAAAUGCCUCACCAAUGCAUAUAUUCAUCUAAAACAAGAGUUGACGGAG